UCUUUCUUUUUGAAGGAUGACGAGGCCAGAUUGACAUCUGCUUGGUGACUUCCACCACAAACACCCAAGUCACCAUAACACCAGCUGGGGAGAAGGCACAAGAUAUGAAGCCUCCAAAAGUUGCAAGAUUCAUUUCUCACAAACCAUCCGUGGAAGAGAUACGGGAUGAUUAUCCUGGAGUUACUGUACUGAAGGGCGUGGAUUUCUCAAGAAUACCUGCUCUCCUGUUAGAAAUGCAAGAAAUGAUGGACUACAAAACACAGAAGGAAAUGGACAAAGCAGGCAUUCUUCCCACAGAUGUCCAGAGGCUAGAAAUAGAAGCCCAGCUCCUUCGAGAGGCUGAGCCCUUUUACCUCAGCCAAGAUCUGAAAUGGAAACUUCCUGGACGCAGUGGUAACUUGAGAGUGUUCAAACAGGAAAUGUGUAACAAUAUUCCAGUCCCGGACAAUGUAGCAGAUUUCAUAUCCAGCACAAAAGACAUAUAUGACCAGCUGAACUCCAAGUACAAUGUCAAUGGAAGCAGUUUAAAUUCUACAAGCAAAGUAAAUUUACCAAGAGAUAAAGACAUUCUCAGACUACUUAAAGAGGCCCAGGAACUCAGCUUUUCAGGUUCUCAUUCUUUUAAAAGUUAGUUGCUUUUUUUAAAUAAAUUUAAAAAUGUAAAGUAUAGGAGAGAAAUAAGGCAGAAAUCUUUAUUCUUGUCAUUUUAGGCAUAUCGAUCUGGACUACAUUCAAUUACGCUUUAUAUCAUUAGUUGAUAAGAAUCUCAGGUUUAAAACAGAACAGUGUAAAAAAAUUAUCUAAAUUGGGUGCACACAUACAGGAUAUGUACCCACUAACAUUUUGUAAGAGUAAGAGCUGAAAAAGUACAAGCUUUAGACUAGGAUAAGCAGAUGUGCUCCUGAAAAUGGCUGUAUCUUGUAUACUUUUAUAUACAUUAAUGUGUAACAUUUGCAAAAGCAUACAAUGUUCCUUUUUUAUAAUAAGACUUUAUAGAAUUUUUAUACAAAAUACAAAAUAUACAGAACACUA